GAACGGGUUAUUCUUGUAAUCAUAUUUUACGAUAAGCAUUGCACGUUUAGAAUAAACAAUUGCAGUUUCAUACUGCAUAUUGUAUUUCAAAUAAAUAAAUCGUUAAAAACAGCCGUGUUCCAGGGUGUGCUCUACAUUUGCUAGUUCACUUGAAAACGUAUAUAGCUGGUGUGAAACCUCUGGUGCAUUUGAUCAUCUAACUUCACCAUGACCAAGCUUCUGGAGUGGUUGCUGGGUAGCGCCAUGGUGGGGAUCACUUGGGGGUUACUAACCUUUGACGUGUUGGACCUACAGCUGCCCCAGGCAUACAGAGAGGUGGUCUGGCCCAUGCCUGUGUACCUCUUGGUGGUGUUUGGGUGUUACUCGCUGGCCACUGUGGGAUAUAGGGUGGCCACUUUCAAUGACUGUGAAGAGGCUGCUAAGGAACUGCAGUCCCAGAUCAUAGAAGCCAGAGAAGAUCUCGAGAAAAAGGGCCUGAAAUUCUGACCCGAAGGCUGGGGGCUGGACCCUGGGAUGGGUAGGGUGUGUGGGGGUCUGGGUUUUACGCAGAUUCUUUCAUCAUACCUGUAACUAGUCUGUUCUGUUCUGGAGAUAUACUGCCAAGGUCAGGUUAUUGCCUACAAAAAUCUUGAAACAUUUUUGAAACAUCUUGCAUAACAUAAGGCAUUGAGCCCCUAUGGGUACCCAUUUGGCAUGCUGCCAUAUUUUGCCAGCUCAUCAAAAUGACACAGUUGCAUUAAGCAUCAACAUGAGACCCCUCAAAAGAUUUUUUUUGUUAUUGAAAAUGCUGGGUUGGUUCAUCAACUUGCAUUGCUUAUGGAAGGAGAAAUUUGUAACUGAGUUUAUUUUCCUCCUGUUUGUCACAUCUCUUCCCUCCUCCCCUCUUUUCUACAUUUAACAUAGAUUUAGUUGCACUGCUGAAGCGUUACAGUGAUGCAGUUGUCAGGAUUAUACUGCAUUACAGAGGAUCGUUUCUGGUUUGUAAAAGACAAAUGGGGUCCACUUUUUCACCUUAUUAAAUGUGGCCAUAUAAUAUGGUUAAACCACUGUGCAGUUUAAAGCUUAAAGGACCAUGAUGUGUGUAUGUCAUACAACAGAUGUUUUUACAGAGAUGGAGGACAGUGCAGUUUUGCUCAACUGUGUUAAGGUUUUUCUAUUUCUGUAUUCUAUGGAAUACAAAGAAAGGUGGAAGAGCAAGUAAUAUUAUGGCAAGAAUAUUGUAUUCAGCAGAGAUUUAUUUGAGUCGUAUUCCAAAAUUUCUUAUGUUGUAACGUCAUUAAAGUGUUAUUUUUCCCAAA